AUGGAAUCGAGCUUGAAGCGUCGGAAAAUCGAGCAUCCAGGCUCCGGCUUGCGACAUGAUGGUCUGAUCGACUUUUCCUCUCGAACCUCUCUUCAGGUGUCGACGAGUAGCAACUUCAUCCUCCAGACAGACGAACUCUUGAAAUCGGUCAGACUGGACGUUAACAAGACGCUCGAGCAUUGCAAUGGCCAUAUUUAUCGUGUUAAAGAAAUCAUAGACUCGAUUGAGCCCCACGAGGGCCUUCCGGUGAGUUGCUCGCCCAAACGGUUCCCAGCUAUUUCAGCAUUGCAGCAGGUACUGACGGGUCAUACUUUCAAGAUUUCCAAAGCUACGUCCAUGUUGGAGAAAAAGCACCAAGUUUUCGUCCCCUACCCAGAUCCGAGGCCAUCGAGCGAUGCGCCGUACAAAGUGGCCUACUCCAAACCGUCACAGAUCAAUGUCGUAGGCAGCUACGUCUCCAAGACCAUGGUCAAGACCCAGCCGUCGCUGGCUGUCGAUAUGGUCGUCCAAAUGCCCAGGUCCUUGUUCCAAGACAAGGACUUUAUGGACAUGCGCUACUACUACCGACGCGCCUACUACAUUGCUUACAUCGCCGCCAGCCUGCGCAAAGAGGGCAUGGCAGAAUCGAUGGACCUCACCUUUGAAUGUCUGAACGAGAAUCCCCUCCUACCUCUGGUCGUUCUACGGCCAAAGCAGGCGGUGGACAGUGCAAAAGAAAAUGGUGCUGAGCCCGAUGCAAAGUCGAACAAGAAGAGCCGCAAGAAGGCGACAUAUAGCAUCCGAAUCAUCCCGUGCGCCCCUGACCGUCUUUUCCCUUGGGCCAAACUGGCACCCGUUUCGAAAUGCAACCGAGCUGGGGAGGGUGACGAGAGCACGGCCAAGUCGAUGGCGACACCCUUUUACAACUCGACCCUAAAUGCCGAAGGAACCUUUAUUCAAUAUUUGCGCCUUCUCACCAAUGCGGCAAACGAAUGUCCCGCCUUUGCCGAUGCCUGCAUUUUGGGCAGAAUAUGGCUGCAGCAGCGCGGCUUCGGAGGCAACAUUUCCCAAGGUGGCUUCGGGCAUUUUGAAUGGGCCGCCAUCGUCGCCCUCCUAUUGCAGAUGGGAGGGCGUAAGGGUCAGGCCGCCCUCUCGACUUCACUCAGCAGUGUUGAGCUUUUUAAAGCCGUCGUCCAGUUUAUCUCCACUACCGACUUCAACGAGAAGCCGUUUGCCUUUGGCAAGUCCGAAACGGAUUCCAAAGCGAUCCGAGAAGGAGGUCCCGUGUUGUUCGACCCCGUCAGAGAGCUGAAUAUUGCAUACAAAAUGACGCCCUCGUCGGCAAGCUUGCUGCGGUUGUAUGCCAAGUCGACGGUCGAACUGCUCGCCGACGACGCAGUCGACAAGUUUGACCCUACCUUCAUCGUCAAAUCGGACCUGACUUUCCACGUCUUCGACGCCGUAAUGGAGAUUGACAGUGUCGAUGUUGCAACCAAAUUCUCCAAGCUUGCCGAUCGGAGCAGUCCCGCCUGGAAGUUCGGUCUGGAGGUCCACCGUGUUCUCAAGCGCGCCUACGGUCGCCGUUCUCACCUCGUUCAUCUCCGUCUACCCCCUCGAACCUCGUGGCCGCUCCAUCGUGGCGCUCCAGAGGAGAGCACAAAGGUCACCGUCGGCGUCGUGUUCGAGCCUGCCCAGAUGGAUCGUCGGAUGGAGUACGGCCCUCCGGCUGAGGAGGCCAAGGAAGCCGCAUCCUUUCGUCACUUUUGGGGCGAAAAGGCCGAACUGCGCCGUUUCAAAGAUGGGAGCAUUCUCGAGUGCGUCGAGUGGGCUGCCAACCUGCCCUCCCAAAUCUGCGAAGAAAUUGCCCGGUACGCGCUGAAACGUCAUCUCAACAUCAUCAAGGAGGAGCUGCUCCCAUCCGGUCCCGGUUUCUCCUCCGUCCUCGGGCUUUCCUCCCUCGACAAAGAAGCAUUUGAUGCCGCCCGACAGUCGUUUUCCACUCUCGAGCGUGAUGUUCGCAGCCUCGAGGAAUUACCGCUGCAAAUUCGCCAGCUGUCUGCCGUUUCACCACUCCUUCGUUAUUCCUCCGUCAAAACGCCCGCCAUCGGCUUUCAGAAAGGUUACGUGACGCCGGUCGACGUCAACCUCUACUUUGAGGCGUCCAACAGGUGGCCCGAGAACCUGACGGCCAUUCAAGAGACCAAGGUGGAACUCCUCCUUGACAUAGACCGACGUCUGACAGCGGCACAUGAGAAUCUGGUGACAUAUCUAGGCCGCGAGAAUAGGACUGUCGGCAUCGAGAAUUUGGCAUACCUUGACAUCGUUUACGAAAACGGAGUCGCCUUUCGACUUCGGAUACACUGCGACCUAGAGGAGACUCUGCUCGAACGUCAAGCCGAGAACAAGGAGUUGGAGUACCACAUCCGCAACGAGGCUACCGAAACCUUGGCCAACCUUCGGUGGGCAUACGUUACGCUUCCUCUCCACACCCAGACGAUGGCCACAUUCUGCACCAGACUGCAGCCGCUGUCCCAGUCGAUCAGGCUAGUCAAGCAUUGGUUUGACAGCCACAAGCUCAGCGGCCACUUCGGCGAAGAGCUCAUCGAACUUUUCGUUCUACAUGUCUUCCUCCAGCCAUACCCAUGGAGACUCCCGUCGUCGCCCACCGUUGGCUUCUUGCGGACGCUGUUGUUCUUGUCCAGAUGGGAUUGGCGUGAUGAGCCCUUGGUGGUCGAUUCAGCCGAAACGCUGACAAAGGAGGAUCGAUCCUCGAUCAAGCGGGAACUCGACUUGUGGAGGAAGCGCGAUCCCCUCAUGCACAGCUCCACCGUCAUCUUCGCCGCCACCUCCCACGACCGGUCAGGCCAGGCUUACAGCCGCAAUGGCCCCUCCAAACUUGUGGCCUCCCGAAUGACCUGUCUUGCAAAGGCGGCCUGCAAGCUUGUCGGCGAGGAAGCCUUCCGCAUGGACCCAUCUGCCGUCUUCCAGGCCUCCUUGCAAGAUUACGAUUUCCUCAUCCACAUCUCCUCCAAGUCGGUAAAAAGUGUGAUUUGCGAAGCGGCCAUGGAGGCCGGCGUCAAGAAACACUCGCAGUUCAAGAAUCUCGAUGAGCGUACCGGUAAGGCCUCGCUCCCCGCGAGAGCCCAUCCAGUCGAUGUGUUCGCCAACGAGCUUCAGCGUGUGUACGAAGAUACGUUGGUGAUAUUCCGUGGCGGUCCUGAGGACAACGUCAUUGCCGCUAUCUGGAACCCAAAACUCCAGCCACGACAUAAAUUUAGGGCCGGCCUACCUUUCAACUUCUGCAAGAUUGAUGAUGGCGAGGAGCAGGAUGUGGUGGAUGUCAAUCGUGGCGCCGUGCUGUUGGAAAUUGCACGCGCCGGUGGUGACAUGAUCAAAUCUAUCGACCUUGUUGAUGGCGAGUAG